AUGGCUUUGGAAGAAAGGGCGUUGCUGGAGGGGGCCAUGCGCAUUGGGCUGCCGGCGCGGUUUGAGGACGUGAGUGCCUUUCGCCAAGUGCCCGACACACAAGAGGUGUUUGUGGACGUGCGCACGGACCAGAGCGUGAUUGUGGAGAUUCUGGAAAUGGUGCCUGAUGCCACUGCCACGGGUCAAGGCGCGGCCGACUUCCACUUUAACUCCUUGGCCCACGACAAUGAUGCGCUCGAAUCGCACAUUGAGCAGCGCGACCAACUCCGACCACUGCCGUUCAAUGGGUAUGUUGUUGUUCGAAGCGUGAGCAUCGGAGUUCAGCGAGUUGCCAAGUUCAACGAGGCUGCGGAGCGAGCCAAUCAAGUGCGCGUGCAUGUGGCCUGCUUCCGCUUCCCACACGUGAGCACUGAUAUUGUAGUAAGCUGGAACCAGCCGAUUGAGAUCAACGCCUCAAGCAGCUCAGCUGAGGCGGUCGAUGCCGCGGCCUUGGCUCAAAAUGGCGAUGCCUUAUCCCUCUUCCAACCCAUGAUUGAAUCCUUUGCCGUGCUGGAUUGGAGCAUCUUUCAAGGCUAA